AUGGCCCAAUUCACCGACCAAGAUUUCUUCGGCGGGGCAAUCCGAGGUGUUGUGCCGCAGCGCUGGAUCGACGCAAGCAACCUACGCGAAAUCCCAGACCACCAGGAGCUCUUCCUCUCAUCCGACACUCUGUCAAGCCUGAUCAUCGAAAUCAACCAGCGCGUCUCCCAAGAAGACGCCCUCAGCACAUUCCGCACCCUCAGUCAACAGGACCCCACCCUGGCCGCCGGGAGCGGCAGCCCAGCAACCGCGUCCCCUGAGGCUAUCGACCAAGCGGCGGCUCUGUACCAUCUGCACGACCUCUGCGAAGAAGGCGAUGGGUUCCAGGUCGUCAGCCCUCCGCAUCGUGUUAGCCCGAGCAAGCUGGUGGCCACCGCGCCGGCUGGGUCGCCCGUUGCUGUGUUCAAGGGUAUUGCGCAGAUCAGAUCUGUUCCGCGACAGCGGGGUGGGCAGCCCCCCUCCGGUCCGGGGGCUGUGGUCGCGGGCGAGGCUGUUGAUGGGGGUCAAGUGCAAGCGACGACGCUGACAUGUCACUAUCUGUUGGUGCGGCUGCAGGCGCAGGAGACGGAUCUUUUGAUCUUCUUCAAUAGUUUGAUAAGGAAGGGUGAUGCGCAGGGGCUGGCGAAGGAGGAGAGUCUUGCCGAGGACACUAUUCAGGCGUUGGUAGAGGAAUUUGAGAUUCGGGACUGGGGUCUUUUUGUUUGA